CAGUCCCUUCCGCCAUAGCGUAGGCCGAAGGUUAUGCUAGUACGCCAAUACUAAUGGAAAAAACAUUUUGCCACCCUAAGCCGUAAUGCGUCUAGUAGUCCAGUCCAGUCUCGACUCCCGGUUACCUCUCGCAAGCUUCGUCGUUCCGUCGCAUGGGGUCGUCGCGGGUGUCGUUCGAUAAUCUAUCGGACGACCUUCUAUGCAUCAUCCUUUGCUAGCUGGAUAAGCAGUCAGCUGGCCUCUUCACCCACGCUCUGGUCUGCAAGCGAUGGUAUCGCAUCGCGUGUCUCACGCGGACGUCGAUCUCCGUCAGCUGGCCCGUCUCAACCGUCAAAUUUCUCCGAUCACUUCUUCAGUUCAAGAAUCUGACGUCUGUAACGAUCAGUGGGUCCAAGAUAACCGAUCUCGGUGACGCUCUUCUCAGCGGCCUUGGUUCUGCUUGUCCAAAGCUGACGCAUUUGGACCUCUAUGACGAAAACUACCACCGUCCACCUAUAACGAGUACUGGACUGCAUGCACUGUUCACCGGCUGCACCGAGCUGCAGACGCUUUCCGUCAACAUUCAUGACGAGAUCAAACUGAUGCCGUCAUCCUUCUUCCGUCUAUCCUCCUUAACGGACGCCAAUCUCAACUUCGGCCUCAGCGAUUUCCCUGACGAGUUCGGCGGGCUGAAAUCGCUCAAGAAGCUGACACUUGAAGAAAUGUACAUCGGCAAUCUGUCCGAGUCUUUCGGUCUGCUCACCGCCUUGACCGAGCUGAAUUUUUCCACCUGCAAGGAGCUGUACGAUCUCCCCGACUCCAUCGGCGAUCUCUGCUCGUUGAAGAAACUGACAAUCUUCCAUGCAGAGUCGUUGGAGGUUCUUCCUGACCAGCUCGGCCGGCUCCAUAAUCUCGAAGAGGUUCAAUUCUUAUUCAACGAGUCCCUCUGCCAGCUCCCGCUUCCCUUCUUCCGCCUUCCUAAACUCAGAAUCCUCAAUCUAUGGGAAUUGGGAGAUCUACCAGAGCUCGAGGGUGACGUGUCAAAUCUCGUGGCUCUGGAAACCCUUUCCAUUGACAAAUGCCGGUUCACCUCUCCCCCUGCUUCCCUCUGCAAACUCCCGAACCUCCGUUGCCUGAAGGUUACAGACUGCAUGGCACUCAAUCACCUCCCACGGAGCAUAGGGAGCUUGCCAUCGCUGCAGCGUCUGGAGUUGUCCAACCUCAGAAACGUUAAGCGUCUGCCGGGAACCAUCUCAAAGCUGUCCAGCCUCCGCUCCUUCUCCCUGAAGAGGUGCAAUGGCAUCACCACGCUCCCGGCGUCUCUCUUCCAGAACUGCGGGCUCCUGACGGAUAUUGAGUUCGACUGGCCGUCGAGCUGUGUGGACGGCAAACAGGCUGGAAAACUGUCUCCUGCUGAGGCUUUCUUAUCCUCGCUUUGCAGGAUGUCCAGCCUGGCAGUCCUCGCUCUGUCCGGCUUCCCCCGCAUCAGUACGCUUUCCCAGCAGAUCGGGAAUCUCUCGCAGCUGAAGCAGCUGAAGCUUUCUUCCUGGCCCAACCUGGCAGGCUUGCCUGAUUCUAUGUCCAAGCUCACAAGCCUCGAAAGCCUUGUGAUCUCGUUGUGCCCGGCUUUCAAGGACAAGGCUGCUGCGAUUCUUGAGCUCCCGAAUGUGAGGGUUUCGCUGUCUUGCAAUCACUGGGAGCCGGAGGAAGAAGAGUGGGGGAGCGAGGACGAGGAGGGUGAGGAGGAGGAUGGACUGAUGUAGAAGCAAUGGCCGUCGAAUAGGGCUGGUUAUUUUUCUUGAGGAGCCUUGCAUAUUGUUUAAGGAGUGGAGACGGAUUUGCAGCGUGAGACCGAUGUAGAGUAUUGAUUUAGACUUAGCUUGGUGGCUUAGUGCUCCUGUAGAGCAGGAGGGUUUCAUUGCCGCACACAAGUGGAGCGCCAUUGCCUGCUUUGCUAUGACCAGGACCUUUCGCAGCUGCAGGGCCUGAAACCUCACACAAAUUUUUAACCUACUUGCUUGUGGCCAUUCUGUUAAAUAAUAUAGGUUGUAAAUCAUUGUAGGUCUGGUAGGUGUUACUGAAACCUACUGUAGAGGGUACAACCUGUCAAAUAUAUGUAUAACUCAUAUUUGUAAAGACUGUAUAGGGUCAUCUCUUAGAGGGUACAACACUCUUAGGUAUAUA